AUGUUCAAACUACUUGUAUUUUGUUUUCUAGUCUUUUUCUUGUUGGAUUCCGGUAGUGUACAAGCAGACAAUGCGCCUGCUCCAUCUCCCGGCACCGCCGUCACAAAAUCACCCCCUGCUCCGGCCAAAUCCCCGGCAAACAAUCCUUCGGAAAGUCCCCAGGUGUCACCUUCGCAAGCCCCAGUUUCAUCCCCGCCAAAAGUUUCUCCUGUGGCCGCUCCUGUGAAGUCACCGACAGUUUCGCCUGUGUCGCGGCCACCGGCAACUGCUCCGCCUACUGUCUCUCCUGUGGCUGCUCCUGUGAAGUCACCACCAGCGGUUUCCCCGGUGUCGCCGCCACUGGCAACUCCCCCGCCUAGUGUCACUCCCCCUGCACAAUCUCCCGCAAGUCCUCCUUCCUCACCGGCUGCAACUCCAGUUGCUCCGCCGACACUGUCUCCAGUCGUGGCUCCGCCGACAUUGUCUCCAGUCGUGGCUCCGCCAACAGUGGAGGGUCCGGUUGCUGCUCCAGCACCGGAAACAGUCCCAGCAAGCAUUCCAUCGAGUUCAGCGACUCCGGGCGAAGCUCCACCUGUGUUCCCCUCUAGCAGUAGUCCACCGGUUCCAACACCAGGAAGUUCUGCACCGGAGUCGGCUCAGGGUCCGAUUAGUGAUGAAUCGGGCGCCGGGUUAAUGUUUGAGGUUAGGAUCAUUUUAAGUGGAUUUGCAAUUGGAGCUGCCUUGGCAUUCUAA